AUGGCACGCCAAAGAAAUCAAGCCGUGUUUGUGUUCUUUGUAAUAAUGGUUCUUUUUGCUGUUUCCUUCGUAUUUUCGUUUCCUCGUGAAAGCCGUUACGGCCUUAUACCAAGGAGGGGUAUGUUAUCUGUUUAUAAACUACUCAAAAUUAGCUUUGAAAUCCUUGAUUCCUAAUUGCCAUUUCCACGAUCAUUGUGUUCAAUGGCCUAACUGCCGAUGUUUCUCUCUCUCUCUCGCUGAACCAGGCUAACAUAGCUAAAAUUUUCCACUUUAAUUCCUGUCUAGUAUUUGCCAAAUACGUUUAUAGCCGGCAUGGAAUGGUCAGUUCGUUCCUGUCUAAAGGAAGUUUCAACCUCAAAAACGGAGACAUUUUUAAACGACCACCCUCUCAGUAACCUGCUCAGAGUGUCUGAAAACAACUUUUCCAGCAUUAUUUAUCGAAGGAGAGCCAAGGAUAUCUUGAACACACCUAUUUAAUUUUAAAUUUGGUACGAAAUGGCGGUGAGUCGAAACAAAAAGAAAUGAUCACUUAGCCUAAAAUACACUGUUUUUAAGAAAAGGAAUUGCAAUACUCUGAUCUAUAUUGUCUUUAAAUAGAAUAAAACAACUGACGAUAUUAAGUUCAUCUUCUCGCCGACAAAUUUUACCACACCUGGAACGCCUCUGAAAUGAUUGGAAUACUCUCGCGGAUAAUUCAGAAGACGACCUUAAUACGUAAAAAUUCUAAUAACAAUUGAUAUCCUAUUCGUUUUCAUACACUAUGAUAUGGAAGCGCGCAGUAUGUUUUGGUCUGCACCAACGACUCUACCAAACGUAGGCCGUGGUGGAUUUUGCUCCUACAUGAGGACCCGCAAGACUUAGAGAUCGGCGAAGUCGGUCCAAGUGGCAUAUUAUGCUACUAGCAGUGCUCGAAAUUUUGCCAAAUUAUGCCAAAAUUAUGCCUGAAUUCCCCAAUUAUGCUCCUGAUUUCCGAAAUUAUAUGCUCACAAAAUGACGUAGAUUCUGUACAUAUAGGCGCGAAAUAACGACACCAAAUUAUGAUGUUUUUCAAAUAAACUGUUGUUGUAAAUUUAUUUGUGUUUUAUGGCAGUUUGUCUCGGCCCUCAGCUGUCCAAAUUAGCUGCUCGCAACUCUGAAACGUCUGUAAAAUGCCUUCAACGACUUAACGAUCACACUUGUACAUACUGACUGAACGAAAACAAUAUAAUACUCUCUUGAUUUAAGCUAACUCAAACUAUAGCGAACUAUAACGUUGAAAGUAUCAAUUCAAGCCACGAAGUAAAUCAACUUGUCUUGACAGUUCUGAGUUCUUUCAGCACCAAUAAUUGCUUGAAUAAACAUGGAUAAGAAUAGUAUACACAAGUCAACAUCAGCGCUUAUUGUACUGCAACGGCCUGGAGAUAGUACUAGGGAGCUUAAGAUCCGACGACGGCGACGGCAACGGGAACGCCACCAAAACAAUAGGUUUAAUUAGCAAAACAACAAUUUUGCACGUGCAUCACGCUUUUUUGUACAUUUCUUUGCCGUCACUGCACGACUACGACGUGAAAAUGCCUAAUUUCACGAUGUACGGAGGAAGUACACAAGCGACGACGAAAUUUCCUCGCUCCUUGUGAACUUGGAUAUGGUUCUUAGGAAUUCGACUUUAGGAGGGUUCGCCUACAUUUGACAAAGUUAGUGACUUGGAGUAAUCGCGAUGAAGAUUGAAAGAACGCGAAUUCACUUUUUCAGCGACGCUUUCUCUGCCGUCGCCGUCCUCGGAUCUUAAGGUCCCUAGUCUGGCAGAGCGCUGUCCUGCUGAUCGCUAAACGGCCGCUGAGAGUAGGGAGAAGGCUCGCUCAGCUGCAGCAGAGGAAGGCUGCACCAAUAGAACCUGCUUCACUGCGGCUGAUUUAAUUUAUUUCUGUAGAAUUUAUGCUCCAAAAAGUACUAAAAUUUGCUAAUUAUGCCGUGGCAGUGCUCGUUUAAAAAAUUAUGCUUUUUUUCCUCCAAUUAUGCCAAAAAUUAUGCUAGCACAAUCCGCCAAGGCCUAACCAAACGUCUGAUUAAGGUUUCGCAAAAAAAAGGCUCUGAAGUGAUCUGAAGUGUAUACAGAACUGAAAAAUGCGAGUGAAUCCGAAAUCAAUGCAAGGAAAUUGAAAGUGCAGGGAUUCAUUGGGUUCGCAUUGCAGAAAUAUUUUGUAAGCUCUUGAAGAAGGAGGCCCACCAAAGUGUGGUAUGUGGCUAAGUCGUGCGAUUAAUUUCAAAGACAGUUAUUUCUUAUAAAAACAUGUGAUUAAAAUUUCUCAACCGAAAGUUAUUCCUUAACCAUUGUUUUUUCAGACUUUGUAAUCCCUUAUCUCUCAUUGUGCGUUAUCACGAGAUUAUUCCGAAAAGUUUACAUUAUCCCCGGGAUUAUAAAGGGAUUGUUUUGCCAUUUUUUGGCCUUGGGGCUGUGACAUGCCACCCUCAUUUUCCUACGUCGUACAACUAAUAUGCUACGCACAAGUAAGUCCUUUAC